AUGAAGUACGGGCAAGUCGUGGUGGGACCUGCUGGGAGCGGGAAAACAAAUUAUUGCAAGCUGAUGAAAGAAUUUAUGAAAAUAAAAAAAAGAAAUUGCUAUGUAGUCAAUUUGGACAGCGCAAGUGAAGAGUAUUAUUAUGAGAGGAAGAAGAAAGCGAUGAACACCACGUCCAACAUAGAGAAGGAAUUGAAGCAACAUUAUGACACUAUAUACGACAUCGAUAUAAGGAAUUACGUGGAUGUAAAUAGCCUAAUGGAAGAUCAGAUGCUUGGCCCCAAUUGUGCUUUACUAAGGAGUGUAGAAUUAUUGUACGAAAAUUCAUAUUUGCUGGAAGACGAAUUAAAUAACUACGACGAUGAUGAAAGUUAUUUCAUCAUUGAUACUCCUGGACAGAUAGAGCUGUACACACACACGGAUUAUUUUAAGAAAAUUUUAAACAUAUUCACUGAUCAAAAUAUAAGAUUGAUAGUUGUCUUUUUAGUAGAUAUUUCUUUUAUUAGUUCGAAUACGAAACUGCUAUCAGCCUAUCUCACCAGCUUAUCCACCAUGAUAAAUUUUGAAUUACCUCACAUUAAUAUAUUAACCAAAUGUGACCUCCUGGUGAGUAAAAACUACUACCAAGAAUUGAGAAAAUUUAAGCAUAACAAUAACUUCUUCUUCCAGAGGAAGUUAUAUAAAAAGAUUAAGAGAAAGAUUAAAGGUGGCCGAGGUAGCCGCUUUUUUCUGGAGGAGCAAGCGGAACAGAGUAACGAUGAAGAAAAACGGCCAUGUGAUGAUUUCGGGGACACCUUUCUGAAAGAAAUGGAAUACAUAAGCGGUGAGAAGUCUUUUAAAGACGAGUAUAUUUUGUGUUCCGAUUAUGACAAGAGAAGCGUUUCAAGUUUCUCUUCUGCGAGCAUGUCCGAGGGAAGGAGAGAAAAAUUCGGAAAAAAUUCAUCAGACGAGCACAGCAGUAGCAGCGUGCGAUCCGAAGAAAUGGAAGAAAAAAUUUACCAAAAAAAUUAUGAAAAAUUAAAUGAUAUACUUUCAUUGGACCCCCAUGAUAUUGUCAUGACGGCCAACAAAUGCAUGUCAAGGAAAUACUACAAACUGAACAAUGCCUUUGCGCAUAUUAUCGAGGACUUCAAUUUGGUUUCCUUUAUCCCGUUAAAUAUUUACGACGAUGAUAACGUAGAUUUUAUUAUCAACUCGAUAGAUAUGAUCAUACAGUACGGGGAGGACAAGGACGUGAACGACAAUUACGACAUGUGA